AAUAAAAACAAAAACAAAGCAAAAAGCAGAAAUGGGCUGCUGAUGACGGAGUAUAUUCCUGAUAUGAGUUUGGAUAUUACCCGUAUCCGAUCCAAAACAAUCUCUGCAAGACGCACGCUGAUAUCAUCAUCAUCGUUCCUUAUCUUACUCUUACAGAAGAAAGAAAGAAAGAAAGAAUCGUAAAGAAAAGCCUCACUCCCUUUCUCUCAGCUCACUGAAUUAUCGAAUGAAGUACAGAAAACGAAUAUGAAUCCUCUUUGCUAUGCACUUGAACUUGUUCCCCUCCAAACCCCUUCUCAUCUUCCCUUCAAAAUCAAACCCCAAACCACCAAUCCAUUCAACAUCAAAACCCAAUUUCCCUCCACAUUCAAACCCCAAUUCAAAACCAAUCCUCACCCAUUGCAGCGGAUCAAAUCCAGCGCCGCCGAAAUCGACAUGGUAAGAAACAAGGAAGGCGUGUACGCAGCCAAGGCCAAGAAAGUGGUGGUUCUGUGGGACCUAGACAACAAGCCCCCGAGAGGCCCGCCGUACCAGGCGGCGAUGGCGCUCAAACAGGUGGCGCAGCGGUUCGGCGACGUCGUCGACAUCUCCGCCUACGCCAACCGCCACGCCUUCAUCCACCUCCCCCAGUGGGUCCUCGAGGAACGCCGCGCACGGCGGCGCCUGGACAUCCUCGAGCGCAAAGGCGUCGCUCCGCCGCCUCCGGAGCCCUACGUGUGCGGCGUCUGCGGCCGCAAGUGCAAGACCAAUCUCGACCUCAAGAAACACUUCCGCCAGUUACACGAGCGAGAGAGACAGAAAAAGCUCAAUCGAAUGAGAUCGUUGAAGGGCAAGAAAAGGAACCGUUUCAAAGAGAGAUUUAUAGAUGGAAAUCACAAAUAUACGGAGGCGGCGAAGACUUUGAUUACCCCAAAAGUUGGGUAUGGUCUCGCUUCGGGGCUCAGGCGUGCCGGAGUUUAUGUCAAGACGGUGGAGGAUAAGCCUCAGGCGGCGGAUUGGGCUCUGAAGAGGCAAAUGCAGCACUCAAUGAGUCGUGGGAUUGAUUGGUUGUUCUUGGUUUCAGAUGAUUCGGAUUUUUCGGAGAUGUUGAGGAGAGCGAGGGAGGCGAAUUUGGGGACGGUAGUGGUGGGGGAUUGGGACAGGGCAUUGGGGAGGCAUGCUGAUUUGUGGGUUCCGUGGAUUGCGGUUGAGAAUGGGGAGAUUUCGGAGGAGGAUUUGAACCGGAGGAAUCGGAGGAGAAGGGAAUUCGUAGAGAGAGAUGAUGGGUCGUGUUCGAUUACUCAAUUCGAUGGAGAAGAUAGGAUUGAUGGGAGUUUGGAUAGUGUAGUUGAUGAACUUGUCACGGUGAGGACUGACUAUCAUAAUAUGGAGAUAUCUGCAUUUUCUGAAGGGGAAGAGGAAGAAUGGGAUUAUGAGGAAGAUGGUGAUUUCUAUUUGGAUAGCGAUGAUGAGGGAAGAGAAGAGGAUGGUGGAUACUUUUGAUGCAGCGAAGUUAGUUAAAUUAUGGCAGCCAAGAUGAGCUAUGGAUUUGAGUCCAUUCCAUUCAGUAGCCAUUGCAGUAGAGUAAGCUAAUGGGAAAGAUGAGCUUUGCAUGUUUCUUGAAUGUACAGUUUUGGCGGUUCAGGUUUAUUGGAAUGGAACAUAGUCAGUGAUCAAAUGUAAUGAUUGGCCUCUGCAUUUGGAGGUCCAAAUAUUCUCUCCAAAGAAUGCCCAGUUUCCAGCUUCUCAUUGUGAUCGCUGGUAAUCUCGGUAUUCUUCCAUUUAUUUCCUAUAUUUUUUGUGGAUUGUUAGUAAUAACCUGACAUUAUUCCUUCUUUUGUGGAUGAGUGAUUUUUUAGUACAAAAUCUCAUCUUUCAGGACUUUUAUUUAUCAUAUGCUGUGUUAACAUGCUUACAUUCAUGUUGAACUUGUGGUCAAACUUCAAGUUCUAGGAGAAGAUGGUUGUUUAGGUGUUAGUUAAAUCCUUUGUCUUUAGGUUUGUAUGUGGAGGUAUUCCAAUAAAUUGCCUUCUAAAUGUUCUAUGAACUUCGCAGAGUGAAGUUUUUGUCUUC